UAAAUAAUAAAAUAAAGAAAAUAUUUCAAAUUUAUUUACGCAUGCGCAGAACAAUCUGGGGUCAAAGUCGUGUUAGUAGUUCACUGCGGUUGGUACGACUCUUUUGAACUAAAGUAGUAUCCGACAUGGCAGACGCCGCGAAAAAGCAAAAGGCCGAAAAGAAGACUCCCGCGAAGGAAGCCGGUGAGAAAAAGACCGUGACCAGAAGGCCGUUGAAGAGGCACGGCAGGUUGUACGCCAAAGCCAUCUUCACAGGUUACAAACGUGGACUCCGCAACCAAAACGAGAACACUGCCCUGCUCAAGAUCGAGGGUACUACAAACAAACAAGACAGUUGGUUCUACGUAGGUAAGAAGUGCGUGUACGUGUACAAAGCCAAGAACAGGACCAGCGUACCAAACAAACCUAAGGGUGGCAAGACCAAGGUACGUGCCAUCUGGGGCAAAGUCACCAGACCACAUGGUACCAGCGGUGGCGUCAGGGCUAAGUUCCAGAGGAAUCUGCCUGCCAAAGCCAUGGGACACCGUAUUCGCAUUAUGAUGUACCCAUCCAGAAUUUAAGUUAAUUCUUUGUAAUAUAAAUUAAAAAAUUAUCAAUAAAAGUUGGUAAGAA